UGUAAAAAAAUAAUUUGGUAAUAAUUUAAUGGAAUCAAAUUUCUGAACGCGUAAUAAAAAAAAUGAAAGCCAGCAAAAUAAAGAAGUCACAUGCAGAAGCGAGAUAGAAAGGUUGUGCUAUACUAACGCGUUCAAGAAAGAACGAGAUAACCGAUAUUUGAUUAAGUCAAAAGGCGUUUUUGUACAUCACUGGGUAUUUUAACAUGAAUCCGUUUGAUCGACAUUCGUAAAGACGCUCCUAUUGGAAUUUAUACAUUUUUAUCAAAUAUGACAACGUUUUAUUGUUAAAAUAUACAAAAACCAGAAAAAAGAUAGUCCAAAUGUUGUUUUUUUGUAAAUAAAUUUUCCGUUUUCUGUGUGAAAAGCGGAAAAGUGGCGUGGUUAUUGCGUGUUCAGAUGCCGUGACUGCGGGCAUAAUUGCCAGUGAUUACCUAUAUUUAAUGGUAGGUUUUGGGUUUAUCCGGGAGUGUGCUGAUGGGUGAAUUGAAGGAAAAGGUUCCUGGCAGAAUACAUCAGGAGACGGGAUCAUGGAGACGGAGUCUGUGAGAUCGGAGCUGAGUAGUCGGUCACGCCGCAGCUCUCGUCACCGACACACGCAUAGAAGCACCCGGAGUACAAAGUCUCAAAGGAAAGAAGGUGGCGAUAAUACGAUGGCACCAUUCCAAACCAGUGUCAAUAUCAAUCCUGAUAUGGGUCGGGAUGGACAGGAAGUUAUUGAAGUACAAAUACUUCCACAGGAUGAAAACUGGGGUGAAAACACAACUGCAGUCACCGGAAACACCUCUGAAGGCUCCCAAUCAAUGGAAGAUGUUAGUAACUGGCCCGUGGAAUCAGACAGUGGUCUGGGAUUUGUUUGCUCCAGAUACUUUGGAUCAACAAUAGCACUUGGGCUGUCGUUUGUGUCUUUUGUAAGCCCUCUGGCUAUGGUGGUGCUGCCCAAAAUAGGAUUUUUCCCCGGAUUCACUGAUAACAUAGCAAUACAGCCCAGUCAGAGGAUGCAGCUCCUAGCCUGUGCAGCAGAAUGUAAAGGAAUCUUGCUUUCAUUAGCUUUUAAAUUAGUUUUAUUGGCAAUUGGAGUUUGGGCUGUAUUUAUAAGGCCACGAAAUGCGAUAUUACCAAGAAUAUUUGUCUUCAGAGCAGUUACAUUAGUCAUUUUAGCUGUGUGCAUAUUCUCAUAUUGGCUUUUCUAUAUAGUUCAAAUAACAGAGGCAACUAAAGCUCUGGCAGUUGGUGAUGAAGCAACAGAUUACAACUCUUUGGUAUCAUAUGUAUCGAGUUUCUCAGACACAUUGCUCUUCAUACAUUAUAUAGCAGUAAUAUUAAUGGAAAUAAGGCAUCUGGAGCCUGUAUAUUAUAUAAAAAUUGUCAGGAGUCCCGAUGGAGAAAGCAGGUCCUAUGCAAUAGGACAAUUGAGUAUACAAAGGGCAGCUGUGUGGGUGUUGCAGAAAUAUUAUACAGAGUUUCCAAUAUAUAAUCCAUAUUUGGAAAAAAUACCAAUAUCCAAGAGUCAGCGGAAAGCUCAGUCAAGUAUUAAGUUCUAUGAAGUUGACGGAUCUAAUACCAAUGGACCCCCAGGACAGGCUAGGUCGACGACUGGUUCGUGUACGGGCAGCGCUGGGCGGCGGCGCGACUCUGGCUCGGCGCACAACGAGCGCUACUACGAGGAGGCGGAGCGCGAGAGGCGCGUGCGCAAGCGUCGCGCGCGGCUUCUCAGCGCCGCCGAAGACGCCUUCGCGCAUGUCCGCCGCGUGCGCGUAUCCAGCGCUAAUGGUCAGGAUGGUGGUGCCUUAGGUCCGCGGGAAGCAGCACAAGCUGUAUUUCCAUCGUUGGCGCGCGCGCUGCAGAAGUACUUGCGCGCCACGCGGCAACAGCCUAGACAUUCCGCGGACUCGGUGCUAGCACAUCUCGGCCGCUGUCUAUCGCAAGACGCAUCACCGCGCGCGUUUCUUGAACCAUUCCUCGUGGAAGGACCAGUCCUCUCCGCUGACCAAGAAACCCGGCCCAUCCAGCGGUGGUCGCUUAUCUCCGACGAGCUACUUGCCCGUCCACUGGCAGACAACAUCGAGUUUCAACUGAGGCAAGGCGACAUUUCACUAAUAUGUACAAUAAAACAACUUCCCAAGUUCAGCUUGUCGGAAGAAGUAGUAGACCCCAAGAGCAACAGGUUUGUUCUAAGGCUUAACUCAGAGACGUCCGUUUGACAGGAAGAAUAUUGGGAGAAUGACGAUGAUGACAGGCUGGUAUGACAUACGGAGUGGUUUUAGUUUGGUCAGCAAAAGUCGGGCAUUGGGAGAGUUGUAUUCGGGGAAUUUGUUUGGAGAAGGUGAAUGGCAUCAUAUUAAAAGAUCUUCGGGGGCCUGUCAAUUCUCGAAAGGUAGUUCAUAUUGAAUCAAAGAAAAAUUUUACAACAAUUUUGGGUUAAAAAUUUGGGUACAUUUUUGGGUGGGACCAACCUUUCUUAUAGAUACUGAUACUAAUGAAAAAGUAUUUGCAUGUUCAGGCCUGUGUAGGUUGGGAUAUUUUUUGAAAUUCAAAAGAAAGAUAAUGUCAAAUAAGCUUCAUGCACCUGUGAUAUGCUAACAUGCAGCGGUAAAAGUCAGUCACCCAUUUAUUUAUUUUAGUGUCUAAUGCCUGACCAUUGCUGUCUUUUCUAAUGUAGUUUAAUAAAUUGUAGCGCAGUGCAGACGCUAGCUUUCUUAGGAGAUUAUUAGAAAAUUUACUCAUUUUAAUAAAUAAGUUAAUUUUGUAAAAUUAUAUUAGAGACAAAUAACCAUCACCAACUUGUUUCUGCAUUCAAAUUUCUCUCUAUAACAAAGAUAAAAUGUAAAAUAAAAUGGUUUUAUUAAGGGAUUAAAGUGUGCAAUCUCAGUUUGAGAAUCUCGAUUAAGUUUUAAGCUCAAAUUUUGACAUAUUCUGUAAAGACUAGACUGCAUUUAAAAGAACAAUGCCCAUCAUCUCUGUCUCUUACUGUGAAAUCAAUAGAGCUAUGAGAUCAACUAUUUCGUAUGGAGAUAUAAUGUUUUAAGGUUUGAAACUUUUAUAAUAUUUAAUUGUUAGGGGUCAAGGCCCCUUUCGGCGUAUACCGAGCCCAUGUAUAAAUGAUAAUAGCUGUAUUGGUCAUAGCGGUUUGUAGAUGGGGUUUGCUCUCAAUUCAGCGGGCAUUGUGUAAUUUACAAUAUAAUUUUAGUUUAAUUUAUAAUUGUACAUUUUGUGUCAUACAUUUCAAAUGUGUUCAUCACAUGAUUUAGGAUUUAAGUUAUUAGGACCAAUUUGGAAAGAAAUGUUAAAGAGCGAUCAGAGUUAGGUCUUAAAAUAGGAAUUUUGGCAGACAGAAAUUUUAGUUUCACAUGACUUUUUAUUUACGAGCUAAGAUAUCUUUCAUAACGUUAUAUUGAGUUAGAAAGAAAUCUACGCCCUUAUAUUGAAAUGAGCGCUAAAGUAUGGCUGUUGUUAUUUUGUUUAUACUCAUAUUGUUUUAUUUUAUAAGUUUUCACUGAAAUUCGUCUGGAUUUAAAAUGAAAUGUCAAUUAGGGCGAUUAUUAUUAUUUAUUAAAUUUUAUUAUGGGUCUCAAGAUCUUUUUGCUCCUUAACAUUUCCGACUGUUUCGUAACAUACUAUUAUUUUAGUAUAAUUUGUUGAUUUAAAACAAAUUUUUAAUGUGAUUUCCACUCCGCGUCGGAGUAAUAAAUUCCAUUUGUAUUAUUCCAUUACUGUGUUUUUAAACGUAAUCUGUGACAACUAGUAUGCAUCUCAAAUAUAUCUUUAAUAGUUUAACAGUCAUAUCAUAGGUUAGUUUUUGAUAUUUAUUAAAUAUUCCAUACUGUUGCAGUGCAACAUACAGACAGAUGUUUCUGUGAUUUAAUACUCUGUAAUACAUUUACAAAAAACAAUGCCUUAUUAUUGUACAGUAAGUACAGUAUUUAGGCGUUUUUGGGGUGCCAAUCCCCCAGCUGUUUUCAAGAGAUUAUUUUGUGUAUUUUUUAGAACUAAUUUUAUCUUUUAAAGACUUGAGCAUUUUGUAAAUGAAAAGCCUGAAUGUUUAUGCUGACAUAUUUAAGACUGCUUUUCAUGACAUUUUUGAUAUCUUUACACAUUUCCAUGUAAGUUAUGUAAGGUUGUGCUCAGAAUAAUUACAGAAUCAAUUUUCGAAAUUAUAUAAUAUAAAUUUUUUGCUAAUCUGACCAAAGACUGCUUAAAACCAUAGUUGUAACAUAUCAUAAGAUCAAAAUUUGUAUUGGCUUCGCGUAUUGGAUGUAAAAAUGAUCAAGUCACGGAUUGUUAAUGUUACUGGGUCCUAAUAAAAAAUUGUUUGUAUUUUUUUAUAAAAAUAAACAUUAAUCAUGGGUGUUUAUAUCGCAAAUUACUAAUGAACUAAAAGUAAUCGACAUUAUAAAUUUAAAAUAAUUGGCGCCCAAAAUAUACUUCUCAUUAGGGCCCUGGCGAGCAACACGUGUUUAAAAAUAGCCUUUGUAAGAUGCUUGUGCCUGCUUAGAUAUAAAGUGUAAGAAAAUGUAAAUGUAAGCGAAACAAAACAAUUAAAUGUGAAUCGUAUUACUGAUUGGAUUAGGUUUGAACGAGAUUGUGUAGAAGAGAUGACGAUUGUCAGAUAAUUACAAGUGAAGUUAUACCGCGUUACUCAAGAGCCGAAUGUAAAAUAUUUGCCGCGAAAAUCAAGCAUUUUGCAAAAAAUUUGGGAUUACGCAUUGUGGCAUUACGACCUGGCAAGCGCAGCGUCGGAUGUCCACCCGCGAGGUGGACAGAUGACUUCAUAAAAGUCGCAAGGGGUCUCUGAAUGCGGGCCUUUUCCAAUAGGUCGAUCUGGAAAUAUUAGUGGAGGCUCAUGUUCAGCAGUGGACAUCCUGCGAUUGAUGAUGAUGAUGAUUGUGGCAUCGAAAGUUAUCAGUAUUUCCUAAUUCACACAAAAUACUUGCAUCUUAAAUUGGUAUCAUGGCUGUCUUUUUGGCGUAUAUUUAUUUUACUGAAUAGUUUUGGUCGAAUAUCUUUAGUAAUGAGAUGUAACGCGGUGUAAGUUAAACUAUUAUUUAUGUGUUUGAAUUAAUAUAUAAAGCUGUUAGUUUUGAAUUAAUAAAAAAAGACGAAACGCGUCUUGUUUGAUAAAUUUUAUAGUAGCUCUACAAGGUGUCGUAAUUCAUGAAAUUUACGAUAUUUUUAUGUAAAUAAGAAUUCAUCUUGCCGUUACAUAUUUUUAUUAAUACAGUGGUGUAUUAUGGGGACCCGGGACCCCCUAAAAACUGAGCCACAGCUCACAGCGGCGCGCGCGGCGGCUUCGGCAAACGAAACAAAAUAUUUUGUUUUUAUCGCGAGUUCGUAGUGAAUUCAUAAUGAAUAUUGAACAAUUUAUUAAAAUACUUGAUAGAACUGACAGCCACUUUUGAUGGCACCAUUUUUAAAAAUUAUAAAUUCGUCCGUGGUCGCAACUAGUCGAGCUGUGGCAUACCAUCGCAAACCGCGUCGUACGCCGCGCCGCACAUCGCGCCUCCGGUCUCGCCGCGCUUGUGGCCGGGCCCUAAGUCGUUGCUGCGUAACCUCUUGCCGAUUGUUUUAAAAAUGUGUAUAUGUAACAAUUAUUACAGUUAAUUCAAAACUAAGACUUUUUUGUAAUCUAAACACAUAAACUUGACUGACUUAAAAUAAAUGUAAAUUGUUCAAUUUGACGUAUUGUCAGAAGCACAAAACAAACGCCUCAUAGUAAAUCAAUUAUGCACAACAUUGUAUUCAUUGUAUAAUGAUUUGUACACUUUGUAUUUUUUAAAUAUAUAAUGUGAAUUUUGAAA